AUGAAUGCCGCUUUGAAAGAACUGCGGGACCUGCCCGCUCCCGCCAAAAUCAACCUGUUUUUGCACAUCACAGGCCGCCGCGCCGAUGGUUACCACUUGAUUGAAUCGGUCUUUCAGCUCAUUGACUGGCAAGACACCGUCCACCUUAGCUUGCGUGGAGACGGUCAGAUCUCUCGCGAGGAUCUAGCUUCUUGCGCAGGAGCAGAACUUCCCCGAGACGACCUCUGCAUCCUAGCCGCUCGAGCCCUGCGACAAGCCACGGGCUGCAGUUUAGGCGCACACAUCCAACUUGAAAAGCGCAUCCCAGCUGAAGCGGGCUUGGGCGGCGGAUCAUCCGAUGCGGCGACAUGUCUGCUAGGCCUUAAUCGCCUGUGGAAUCUUAAUCAGCCGCUCUCGACAUUAGAACAAAUUGGCCUCUCUCUAGGCGCUGAUGUACCCUUCUUUCUGCGCGGCAGGAACGCCUGGGUCAGCGGCAUCGGUGAGCAUAUCGAGCCCCUCAACGAUGGCAUCCUGCCUACCAGUCAGGCACUGGUCAUCAUCAAGCCAAAAAACGGCUUAUCGACAGCAGCGAUUUUUGGUCACCAAGCCUUGAAGCGCGAUACGCCACAUGCUAUAAUCGCGGUCUUUGCUGAGGAUCCUUACGGCUUUGGCCGCAAUGAUCUCCAGGCUGUUGGGGAGCUGAUCGAGCCGCAAGUGUGUCAAGCUCUUGCGGUUUUAGAGAAGCAGGGCUUGAAGCCACGUAUGACAGGCUCUGGCAGCGCGGUGUUUGCGUGUUGUCCGGCUGAUUUCAAGCUUGACGCAAGCUCAAACUCACUGGGAUGGCAGCAAAAGGUUUGCAAGACGCUCACUGAGCAUCCAUUGGUUGGCUGGGCCGUUUAA